UGUAUAUGUCACAGCGAAAAAGAUGGAAGGCGGUGGGGCCAAUACGGCGUCGCAUAACGAUACGACGUUGACGAAGAUCUUCGUUGGUGGAUUAGCGUGGGAGACGCAGAGAGAUACGAUGAAGCGUUAUUUCGAGCAGUUUGGCGAUAUUGUCGAAGCCGUCGUUAUUUCGGACAAGAACACCGGCAAAUCUAAAGGAUACGGAUUUGUGACGUUUAAGGAACCGGAGGCGGCGAUGAGAGCUUGCCAAAACAUAUCUCCGGUGAUCGACGGAAGAAGAGCGAACUGUAAUCUUGCUUGCCUCGGUGCCCAGAAAACUCGUCCCCAAAUUCCAAGACAUGGAGCAGGGAGAUUCAGACCAGUAGGAGGAGGAGCAGGACUAGUGGCUCCUUCCCCUUCUUUCCGCGGCUCUCCUUCUUCUGCUUCAUCAUCAUCAUCAUCAUCAUCUGCUUUUGUUCAUCAAACUGCAGGUGGUCGAUUCGCAUUUUCUUACCCUGGUUACGGGUUUGCCGGGUAUUCUCAAGAGGGCAUGUACCCUAUGAAUUACUACAACCAUAUGUACGGAGGACAUCAAGUUUCCCCGUUUGUAGGGCCAUCGGGCGGGAUGUUCCAUAGUUUCUACCACCCGUUCUACACGCAGAGCAGCAGCCAGACUCCUCCAGUCCAUCAUCAUGGUUUCGGCCUCCAGUACGCUCCUUCUGUUAUGCAUUACCCUUACUUGCCUCAGCCCCCCAUCCUCUCCCUCCCGACCUCCUUUGCUCUUUCAACAUCAUCAUCCUCUCCCUCAGUAGCAGCAGCACCAAUUACAGCAACAGCAACAGCCCCGACAGCAACCUCAACAGCAGCGGGAACAGCAACAACAACAACGGCAGAAACUGCAGCUCAAGUGAAAGAUGGAACAGCUCCUGCGGGAGAGAAUCCAACAACCUGAUCCAUCUUUUCUUGGGGUAGGGGAAAU